UUAUCUCACUCACAAGUUCAAUUCUUGUAUAAAGUCAGAGUGUCUUCAAUGUUCAGGUGACUCCAGAUAGGUGAUAAGAAGUGGAUAUGGCUUGUCCUGCUCCCUAUCUCGGCUUGUCUCGUUCAAAUAUUUGCGUCGCUCGAUCCUCUCACAAUAUCAAUGCUUCCCUGCACUUACGACACUACACUUCGUCUUUCUUGGGCCAAAAAACAUUGGGCAGAUGCGACAGCAGUACAGCAGGACUAAGAACUUUGAAGGUGGGCAUGAAGUCUCACUGCAGAAGGGUAACAUGUUGGUUUAAUUUUGGUAAAAGUGCAGAGGGAGCAGGAGUGUAUGGUACCCAGGCAAGAGAAGAUUUUGACCGAGAUGAUGUUGAACAGUAUUUCAAUUAUAUGGGCAUGCUUGCUGUCGAAGGCUCAUAUGACAAGAUGGAAGCUUUAUUGAACAAGAACAUACCCCCUAUAGACAUAUUGCUGCUGCUGGCUGCUUCUGAAGGUGACAAACCAAAGAUAGAAGAAUUAAUGAGAGCUGGAGCUGAUUAUACAGUUACCGAUGUUGAGGGAAGGAAUGCCCUCGAUAGAGCAGCAGAUGAGGAGAUAAAAAAUUUGAUCGCAAAUUUUCCCAAGUGAAAUGUAUAAUUUUACAGCUUUGUAUCAACAUGUUGCUUAGUUAUUUUUAUAUUGAAUUGGUCGAUGUGUGUAUGAGUAACAUGUAGACCUAUGUAAUUGGGUAGAUUACAGUCAAUUACUUCUACUGUUAUGCCUCGAAAAAUAAUCAUUAAAUUGUGACUACAAUAGAAAAUGGUCAUUUGGAAAUUUAUGAUGUUUUUCUUACCAUCAA